UCCAGCCAAAGAGCGCGCCUCGUUCCUAUGGCAACCGCGCCAGGUCCACGCGCAGACGGCGGGUAGCAAGGGUCAAAACAGAUUCGCAAAGUAGAAGUCUUCGACCCGUUCAGUCCGCGCCAUCGGUGAGCCGAGCCUUUAAGUGUCACGUGACCCCUCCCGCUCGUCCCCGCCCCUCUCCCCGCCCGAGGUCCCGGCUAACGCUAGUGCGGUCCGGAGGCUCCCGGCCCGGCGGACUAACUGGAGCACGGACGCUGCAGCCGGUUGGGCCGGUGCCCUUUCCCGCUCUGGAAAGGAAGAGAAAUGGAAGUGAAAAAGUUGAGCAUUUCCUGGCAGUUCUUGAUAGUUCUGGUUCUGAUCCUGCAAAUUCUGUCUGCGUUGGAUUUUGACCCAUACAGAGUCCUAGGGGUCAGCCGAACAGCCAGUCAGGCUGAUAUUAAAAAGGCUUAUAAGAAGCUCGCCCGGGAAUGGCAUCCUGACAAAAACAAAGAUCCUGGAGCAGAAGACAAGUUCAUCCAAAUUAGCAAGGCUUAUGAGAUUCUUUCCAAUGAAGAAAAGAGGUCCAAUUAUGACCACUAUGGAGAUGCCGGAGAGAACCAGGGCUACCAGAAGCAGCCGCAACAGCGGGAAUAUCGCUUCCGGCAUUUCCAUGAGAAUUUUUACUUUGAUGAAUCCUUUUUUCACUUCCCUUUUAAUUCGGAGCGGCGGGACUCCAUUGAUGAGAAGUAUUUAUUGCACUUCUCACACUACGUGAAUGAAGUGGUUCCAGAUAGCUUCAGGAAACCCUACCUCAUCAAGAUCACCUCAGAUUGGUGCUUUAGCUGUAUCCACAUCGAGCCUGUUUGGAAAGAGGUAGUUCAAGAACUGGAAGGAUUGGGUGUAGGAAUUGGCGUGGUGCAUGCUGGGUACGAGAGACGCCUGGCCCAUCACCUGGGAGCGCAUAGCACUCCCUCUAUCCUGGGAAUCAUAAAUGGGAAAAUCUCCUUCUUCCAUAAUGCAGUCGUCCGCGAGAACCUACGACAGUUUGUAGAAAGUCUGCUUCCAGGGAACUUGGUGGAGAAAGUUACAAAUAAAAAUUACGUCCGAUUCCUCUCUGGCUGGCAGCAAGAGAAUAAACCUCAUGUGCUUCUGUUUGACCAGAUGCCCGCCGUACCACUGCUGUACAAGUUGACUGCUUUUGCAUACAAAGAUUACUUGUCAUUUGGAUAUGUACACGUCGGUUUGAGAGGGGCGGAAGAGAUGACAAGACAGUACAAUGUCAAUGUCUAUGCCCCCACCAUCUUGAUCUUUAAAGAACACAUAAACAAGCCUGCAGAUGUUAUCCAGGCCCGAGGUAUGAAGAAACAGGUCAUUGACGACUUCAUCACCCAAAACAAGUAUCUACUGGCAGCCAGGCUCACCAGCCAGAAGUUCUUCCACGAGCUCUGCCCCGUAAAGCGGUCUCACCGACAGAGGAAGUACUGCGUGGUUUUACUGACCCCCGAGGCUGCCAAGCUGAGUAAACCCUUUGAGGCUUUCCUGUCCUUCGCCCUGGCAAACACACAGGACACGGUGAGAUUCGUGCAUGUCUACAGCGAUCGACAGCAGGAGUUUGCCAGCACCUUACUAUCAGACAUUGAUCCGUUUCGAGGAAAAUCAGCGGUAUCUAUCUUGGAAAGGCGCACCACGGGAGGAAGGGUGGUGUAUAAAACCCUGGAGGCUCCCUGGACAGGGAGUGAGAGCGAUAAAUUCACGCUUUUGGGCUAUCUUGACCAGCUGCGCAGAGACCCCGCUCUGCUGUCCUCAGAAGCUGUGCUCCCGGACCUGACAGAUGAACUUGCCCCUAUCUUUCUCCUCCGGUGGUUCUACUCUGCUUCUGACUACAUCUCAGACUGCUGGGACAGCGUAUUUCACAACAACUGGCGGGAAAUGAUGCCCCUUCUGUCCCUGGUCUUCUCUGCCCUCUUCAUCCUCUUCGGCACCGUCAUCGUUCAGGCUUUCAGCGACUCAAACGAUGAGCGAGAGUCCAACCCUCCAGAUAAAGAGGAAGCUCAUGAGAAGGCCGGGAAGACUGAGCCAACCUUCACCAAAGAAAACAGCAGCAAGCUUCCUAAAAAAGGCUUUGUGGAGGUGACUGAGCUCACAGAUGUAACGUACACCAGUAACCUGGUCCGCCUGAGGCCGGGCCACAUGAACGUGGUCCUCAUCUUGUCAGGCUCCACCAAGGCCAGCCUACUGCAGAAAUUCGCCUUGGAGGUGUACACGUUCACUGGGAGCAGCUGCCUACACUUCUCCUUCCUGAGUCUAGAUAAACACAGAGAAUGGCUGGAAUACUUGCUAGAAUUUGCUCAGGAUGCAGCCCCGAUCCCAAACCAAUACGACAAGCAUUUCAUGGAGCGUGACUACACAGGUUACGUGCUGGCCCUGAACGGUCACAAGAAGUACUUCUGCCUCUUCAAGCCCCAGAAAGCGGUGGAAGAGGAGGCGGCCGUGGGGUCCUGCGGUGAUCUUGACUCUUCCCUCCAUCUGGGCGAGACUCGAGGGAAAUCUUCCUGUGGCCUUGGACCCAGGCCCAUCAAAGGGAAAUUGAGCAAGUUGUCCUUAUGGAUGGAGCGCCUGCUCGAAGGCUCCUUACAGAGGUUUUAUAUCCCGUCGUGGCCUGAAUUAGACUGAGGGAGCUCAAGAGAGACUUUAACUCUUCAGGCUUUUUAAUAGGCCCCUGGGAACAGGUCUUUUCAGGACUCUACCUACCACCGUGGACAGAGAAUAGAUUCUAGAUUACUCUUCCAGAACAAUGGCUAGAAGAAUCUUUCCUUCGUCCUGUCCUAACCUAGGAGUGAAAAACACCUCAAGUU